AUGGCUGAAUCUAACACAACAACCCUCGCUGUUAGAUAUCGAUACGUUCUAAAACAUUAUAGUGCCGGAGUGAAGGUGUUGCCGUUUUUACCACACAAGGUUAACGAGGUGAAACACGACCAAGUGGAAUUUAUAGACGACUUGGAGUAUCUCAGAAGUCUGGAUCCCAAGGAUUGGAAACUCCAGGACCACAACCGCGUCCUGGGCAUCCCGACUUUGAGAUUCGACGCCUCCGAGGAAACCAUCCGCUCUGCUUACCGGCCAAAGGUCCUGCAUCACCACCUGGAUAAACGCCAGGCCAAAGGCGCCGAUAUCAAAGUGAAGCACGACUACUUCACCUGCAUCACGAUGGCGUACGAAACCCUAGGCGACCCCAAGAAGCGGAAAUCCCACUACCGCGUCCUGGGCAUCCCGACUUUGAGAUUCAACGUCUCCGAGGAAACCAUCCGCUCUGCUUAUCGGCAAAAAGUCCUGUAUCACCACCCAGAUAAACGCAAGGCCAAAGGCGCCGAUAUCAAAGUGAAGCACGAUUACUUCACCUGCAUCACGAUGGCGUACGAAACCUUGGGCGACCCCAAGAGAGGGAAAUCGUACGACUCCGUCGAUCCAGAGUUCGACAACGGCCUACCGAGCAGCCACGAAAUAAAAAAUGAUUUUUAUGGAACGUGCGCGUAUUACUUCGAGCUCAGCGGUAGAUGGUCGGAGCAGAAGAACAUGCCCAAAAUCGGCGGUUCCGGAUCAACCAUCGAAGAAGUCGAGAAUUUCUAUAACUUCUGGUACGAUUUCAAAUCAUGGCGGGAGUUUUCGUACGAGGAUCUAGAAAAUAAAGACGCCUGUUCGGGUCGCGAGGGAAAAAGACACGCUGACAAGCUGAACAAGGCUGAACGAGCCAGGAAGAAGAAGGAAGAAAUAAUGAAAUUGCGGACUUUGGUCGACUUAGCUUACAAGAACGACCCCAGGAUCUUCCAAUUCAAACAGGAGGAGAAGGAUCGUAAGUUGGAGGCUAAGAAAGCCAAAGAAGCUGUCCUCCAGAAACGUAUAGAAAACGAACAAAAAGCUGCCAAAGAAGCGAAAUUGGCCAUGGGAAAAGCGGAGGCUGAGGGAAAGGCCAGAAUUGAGGCGGAACGCAAAAAACGGGAAAUGCAGAAAAAUGCGUUGAAGAAAGAGCGUAAGACACUCAGGGAUAUCUGCAAAUCCAAUAACUAUUUCGUCGAAAAUCCAAAGCAGAACUUGAAAUAUAUAACGGCCGUCGAAACAAUCUGCGAAACAAUGAACGUCGAGGAAUUGAAAGAAGUAAACGAACAAAUGAAAAACGAGGGUAAAACUGCGUUUUUAAGAGCCGCCAAACUGUAUUAUUCGACGGAAAAACCUGAAUCAAAAACAGGGAAGACUCAAAAUAUAACCUCCAACGGCACCCAUCAAGAGACAGAGGGAUGGAACGGAGAAAAAAUCAAAUAUUUGAAGGAAGCUCUGAAGAUUAUGCCUCAGGGAACCAACCGACUUUGGAAAAAAAUAGCGGACUUCAUGAACAAACAUGAUAAAUUGAAGAAGGACUGCGGGAAGUUUACUCCCAAGAUGGUGUCGAUUCAAGCGAAAAAAUUACAGAUUGGAAACGUAAUCGUUGAAUGUCCGCGACAAAAAGGAUGA